CGAAGUGACCAUACUCCGGGUCGAUUCACGUUCGCUUUUCGUUCGGCAAAAGUCUGCCGCCGCACACUGAACAUACCUCACUUAAAUCUAUAUUAAACCGCGACUUCGACCGCGACUCGGCGACUCUAAUAAUUAACUUUUACUUGUGCAGUGCGUCAAGUGUGUAAAUAAACAAAUCGUGCUCGAUUACAACUCGCUAAACACAAGAAAAAAAUGAUUUUUUCUUAAAACCAAGCAAAAUGUCAUGCAUUAGUUAGUGAAAUUUGCGCUGGAAGUUUUAUCACUUUUCGAUGUAACUAGUGAUUACGCCGAAAACAUCGAUUUGUGUUCAUUUCAUUAUUCGGUUGUGGAUUACGUGAUUACUUUUCGCCGAGAGUAGUUAUUAGACAUGGCGACCAAAAGAAUACUUCUAUUUUCUACAUUGGCCGUCAUAAACCUAUGUAAUUGUGCAAAUAUACUGAUGAUAACCCUCGGAGGCACAAAAUCACACAAAAUCCCAUUUUGGGAAUUAGCGCGAGGGUUGACUCCAAGAGGGCACAACAUCACAUUCAUCAGUGCAUUCCCACCUGACUUCUACCUCAGUGGUUUAGAGGAGAUAACACCAGCUGGUUUAGUUUUUUACGUGAAAAACUUUACAAACUGGGACUUAGUUGGUGCCCGGAUGCGAGGCGAGGAACCAGUCCAUCCUAUAGAUGUCCUACAAUAUCCCUACAAGGCUUGUGAGGAAUUGUACGCUGACCCAGAAACCAAAGCGUUUCUAUACUCCAAGCCCAGUUUUGAUUUAGUGGUAAUGGAUGGAGCCUUUCCGGAAUGCAGUAAUGCGUUGGCGUACCACUUCAAGGUGCCAUACAUGCACAUCAAUACUGUAGCAUUCUACACAUUUUCACUAUCAAUGGCUGGCAAUCCAUCACCGGUAUCAAUGACUCCUUUUGUAUCACUUCCAUACUCUGAUUCGAUGAAUGUUUUCCAACGUACCAUCAAUACUUUGAUGACUUCCGGAAUGGGUCUCCUACAUACAGCGUGUAUCCGAUUAUUUCUGCAACCAGUUCUACGUAAACAUUUUGGAAAAGAUAUUCCUGAUACUUAUGAUAUGAACCGUAACGUCUCUUUUGUGUUACAAAAUGGCCACGCGACAGUAACCUAUCCACGUCCGUAUCUACCCAACGUCGCGGAAAUUGCGUGCAUCCACUGCAAACCAGCCAAGAAAUUACCACACGAUUUGGAACACUUUAUAAAUGGUAGUGGCGAUGCUGGUUUUAUUUAUGUGAGUAUGGGUUCUUCCGUACGGGCAGCCAACAUGCCGGAAUAUCUCCGGAGAAUGUUUUUGUAUGUCUUCCGCCAGUUACCGCAACGGGUUCUUUGGAAAUGGGAAGCUGAUGAUCAAAUGCCUGAUUUGCCUGAUAACGUUAUGUUGGGACAAUGGCUACCUCAACAGGAUAUUUUAGGACAUCCAAAAAUCAAAGCAUUUGUAACUCAUGGCGGUUUACUGAGUAUGUUCGAAACUGUUUACCAUGGAGUCCCAGUUGUGACAAUGCCGGUCUUCUGUGAUCAUGACACAAACGCAGCGAAAGCAGAAAUUGAUGGAUAUGCGUUAAAAAUAGAACUGGCUACGUUAACACCAGAAUCAUUACUUUGGGCAAUCAAAAAAGUGAUGCAUGACCCAAAAUACAAACGAGAAGUCCUACGAAGGCAAUAUUUACUCAAAGACCAGAAGGAAACUGCUUUGGAACGUGGUGUUUACUGGACUGAAUAUGUCCUUCGUCAUAAAGGUGCCUUUCAUUUACAAUCGGCAUCUAAAGACCUCAAUUACGUUCAGUAUUACCUCUUGGACGUAAUCGCCAUUUUGGUUUUAUGCGCGUACGCUCUCUACCUGUGUACAAAGUGGACCUUGAAAUUAACGUAUAGACUUCUAGUAGGUAACCUGAACUGUGUGUAUACUACCAAGAAGAAUAACAAAUUGGAGUGAGAUGAACAAUACUUGCCUAAAGAUGUAAAUUUUUUGCUGUUGUGUGUGUGUAUGAUGUGUUGAUGUGUCACUACGAGAGUUGUACAUUUAGGUGUCCCAAUAAUAUUUUAAGACUAGUUAGGUAUUUUUAUUUAAUUAGCUGUUUAGAAUCUAAUAUUGAUCUGUAUCUUACUAGUAGUUAAAAUAUAUACGAAUGUAACAGCAACAA